AUGGCCCAUCAAGCACACGCAUACCACAUAGUCGACCCAAGCCCAUGACCUCUCACUGGGGCAGUUGCUGCCCUACUAAUAACAUCAGGCCUUGCUGUCUGAUUCCAUUUUAACUCUAUCACGCUGAUAUCCCUCGGCACUGUACUCCUCAUCCUAACAAUAUACCAAUGAUGGCGAGAUAUCGUUCGAGAAGGUACAUUUCAAGGUCACCACACACCCCCCGUACAAAAAGGCCUUCGUUACGGAAUAAUCCUGUUCAUCACCUCAGAGGUCUUCUUCUUCCUAGGAUUCUUCUGAGCUUUUUACCACUCAAGCCUGGCCCCCACCCCCGAGCUUGGAGGCUGCUGACCCCCAACCGGCCUCACAACAUUAGACCCCUUCGAAGUCCCUCUCCUCAAUACCGCUGUCCUUCUAGCCUCUGGUGUUACAGUUACUUGAGCACACCACAGCAUUAUGGAAGGAGAACGAAAAGAAGCCAUCCAAGCACUAGCCCUAACCAUCCUACUUGGGUUUUAUUUUACUUUUCUCCAAGGAAUGGAGUACUACGAAGCACCUUUCACAAUCGCAGACGGUGUUUACGGAUCGACAUUCUUUGUUGCAACAGGUUUUCACGGCCUCCAUGUUAUUAUCGGCUCCACCUUCCUCGCAGUCUGCUUACUCCGCCAAAUCCACUACCACUUUACCUCAGAACACCACUUCGGCUUCGAAGCAGCUGCAUGAUACUGACAUUUCGUAGAUGUCGUCUGACUUUUCCUUUACAUCUCUAUCUACUGAUGAGGUUCUUA